AUGGGAGAAGAGCUUGCCCAUGGCACAAUCACCACUUGGGAUGAAUGCAAGAAGGCAUUUCUUGCUAAGUUUUUCUCAACCGGUCGCACAACCAAGCUUAGAGGAGAGAUCUCCAGCUUCAUCCAGCGAAACAAUGAGACAUUCGCAGAGGCUUGGGAGAGGUUCAAAGGCUACACAAGUCAGUGCCCACACCAUGGAUUCAACAAUGAAUCCCUACUCUCUACUCUUUAUAGAGGAUGCUUGCCUAGGUAUAGGGAGAUGCUAGACACAGCUAGCAAUGGGAACUUCCUCAACCAGGAUGUAGAUGAUGGCUGGCAGCUUGUGGAGAACAUAGCUAACUCAAAUGGAAGCUAUGGAGAAGAGUAUGAUAGCACCAAUCGGAGCUCGACCCACCACUCGAUCGAGUCAGACGAAAAGUUGAGAAAAGAUGUUAAGGCAUUGAAUGAGAAGUUGGAUAAGCUGAUACUAGCUCAGUCCACAAUGAAGAAAGUCAACUUUGUGUCUGCUGAGGAGAUGGAACCAGUCCAAGAAGGGGAGGAUACACAAUUCGCUGAGGUGUGCUACAUGAGCAAUGGGCAAGGAGGUUACAACAAAGGAUACUAUAACUACAAGUCCAACCCUGCCAUGUCAAACCGCAACACUGAUGUUGCUAAGCCUCAGGACCAAGUAUAUCCUCAACAACAAGCAGCUCGAUCGAGUCAGGCUUCCCCCACCAACCGCCCCAGCCUGCACCUUCACAAGAGAAUGAGCUCAAAGCAAUGUGAGAACCCCAAGGAACAGUGCAAGGUCAUCUUCACUCAAGAAGGACUUGUUGAAGAAGAGGAUCAAGAAAGGGUCAUUGAAGAUUUUUGUUUACUGCUGAAUGAUGAAGAGAUUGUUGCUGCUGAGGCUCCUGGAGUCCAGAUUGAUCAACCAGAAGUGCAUGCACCUACUGUGGCCAUUCACACUUCACCAGUUGAGCUCGCACGACAAGCUCGAUCGGCAGCUCGAUCGAGUCCAACUCUAGCUCGAUCGAGUCCGACCUCUUCUGUCCGACAGCCUGUUUUGCUUGAUCCUUAUCAACCGGUUGCCGCUUCCUCGUCUCGCCUACUUAGUCAAGGUCACAAGGAAGUGAUUCACAAGUUCAGAAGAGAUCUCAGUGGGAUUGGAAUUGAGUUGCCUACUAUGGAUAGCAUGAGUGAGGCAUUUGAUCAAAUGCAAAUGGUCAAGGAUGUUCUAGCCAACAGUGAUAAAGUUUCAGAGGUCCUACAAGAGUCUACUCAUCAGUUCAACCUGCUUACUUCACCCACCUUCCUACCAAAGGUCAAGGAUCAAGGGAAAUUCACUCUCCCUUGCACACUUGGGCAUCUUGAGAUUGACAAUGCCUUAGUGGAUUCUGGAGCAAGCAUCAAUCUGAUCUCUCUCUCCAUGGCAGAGAAGCUAGGCAUAGCUGGAGCCUUGCAGCGCCCUACUACUUCAAUCAUGUUUGGAGAUGCAACUUCUAAGUCUCCUCUUGGAGUGUUCAAGAACUAUCACUUGAAAAUUGGAGAAUGCAUCAUCCAAACUGAUCUCACUGUGAUGGAAAUGGAAGAAGAGAAGGAUUUGCCUUGUUAUUGGGAACCCCUUUCCUUACCUAGAGGUUCAGACUUUUGUGCCACAAUUGACAGUACCACUCUCAGUUCUAAGAGUCAUGGAGCUACAAAGGUUGUGAAGGAAAGGGUUGACAAGGAACCAAGAGUUGGGAAGGAUAAGGAUGAGAGAGGACCAAGGAUUGAGAAGCCACGUCUUGAGAGGGCUAGAGUUGAGAAACCACGUCUGAUAGGCCAAGAGCUGAUAGACUUGUUCAAGCCCCUUGUGUGCUUGAUGAAGAGAGCCUUCAAGCUUUGUUUGAUGAGCCACUAG